AUCCGCAUGGCCCAACCAAGCACAGCCCAUCUGACUUGCACAAUUGCUGAUCUGUUUGUUCUGUGGUGAGAGACGAUCCAUAUGGUCCAAAUCAAAGAAGCCUAACCGGCAGAGCAAAUCUCCCCCAAAUCCCAUACCAUGGCGAUCGGCGGCGGCUCCGGCAGCGGCGGCGGCGGGAGCUGGAGCAUCCACGGCCGGGCCGACGUUACCUCCCGCUACGAGGUCCUCGGCCGCGCGGGUUCUGGCGCCUACGCCGACGUCUACCGCGGCCGCCGCCGCUCCGACGGCGCCACUGUUGCGCUCAAGGAGGUCCACGACGCCGUCAGCGCCCGCCGCGAGGCUGAGGCCCUCCUCGCCGUAGGCCCUUCUCCGCACGUCGUCGCGCUCCUCGACCACUUCCCCGGCGGCGACUGUGACGACGACGUCCUCGUCCUCGAGUGGCUGCCGCUCGACCUCGCCGCCGUCGUGCGCGACGCCAGGAGGCGCGCUGCCGGCGGAGGUGGCGGCAUCGCCGCUGCUCAGCUAAAGCGUUGGAUGCUUCAGGUGCUCGAGGGCGUCGCGGCGUGCCACCGCGCUGGCGUCGUGCACCGCGACCUCAAGCCCGCAAACCUGCUUAAGUUAGCAUUGAUGGCUCGCAAGAACAUUGGUGAGGUCUCACAAACAGCAAUGAAGUUAAUGAGUGGCCGUCUCUGCACAUCAGUCCACCCAUCAGAACAUAUGGCCAGGAUACUUCAGCAGACAGCUUCUACAUACCAAGAUAUGCACCCACAUGAUCAUAACUCAGGCAUGGAACCUUGGGUUUCACAACAACCAGCAGUGCUACAAGGGACAGAAGAGGAAUCUUUAUUUUAUGAAUCAGUGGUUCCUGCUGCCCAAGGGCCAGAGACACUAACUGCAGCUGACUACCUGCAUGAGCUGGACCAACUCCGAACCAAUUCCAGCGAUGCAGACAAAAUGAGCCUGCAGGAUGGAGAUGCAUCCUGUCUUGCCACAUGCAGCACAGGAGACAUUGAAGAUGAUCCAUUCCGAGCAUCCUACUCAUAUGAUGGUGAAGUCGUAGGUGAAGAAUCUGGUGCCUUCACUUCUUGUGUUGGUACGAGGUGGUUCAGGGCUCCUGAGCUUUUAUACGGGUCAACAAAUUACGGGCUCGAGAUUGACCUCUGGUCAUUAGGAUGCAUCUUGGCAGAGCUCCUGAACUUGGAGCCUAUAUUCCCAGGGAUAUCUGAUAUUGAUCAGAUUAGUAGAAUCAUCAGUGUCCUUGGCGAUAUCACGGAAGAAACCUUUCCAGGUUGUUCAAACUUGCCAGAUUACAAUAAGAUUUUCUUUAACAAAGUUAAGAAACCGACAGGCCUUGAAGCAUGUCUGCCUAACAAAUCGCCUUCUGAGGUUAGCAUCAUAAAGAAACUAAUUUGUUAUGACCCAGGAAAGAGGACCAGUGCUGCAGACCUGCUGAAUGAUAUGUACUUUACGGAAGAACCCUUGCCUGUACCUAUAGGAGGAUUACAAGUCCCAGCAUCAAAGGAUGAGGAUGAUGACAGCUCAAUGGAAGAAUGGGGGAUUUACAAAGAUGGUGGCUCGGAUUCAGACUUCGAUGAGUUUGGUUGCAUGGAUGUCACCAAAACUGACAAGGGUUUCAGUAUACGCUUCUCUUGAUAUAGAAGGCGUGUAGAGUCUACAUCAUUGUACCAUGUCCAAAACAAGACUAUAUUAUGGUAUGUAGCUACAAUGGAGUAGAAAUCUGUCAACAAAGCUGAAUGAAUACCUCAGUCAGAGAUCGAA